UGGAAUAAUGCAACGCGCUACCCCGCAUACCUUGGUCACUUUUACGCAUUCGGUCUGGACUGUGAAGCUGGAGCAUCGGAUUGCCAUGAGUAACGCGCGCGGAGAGACGGAAGCUAACAUGCUGCGGGGAUAUAAGAUGGACAAUGAUCACAUUGCAUGCCAGACCUUGAGAACGACAUUGUACCUGGAGAUACCAACAGAAACAUAAUUCACCAUGGGCGACACCAAGGUUGUGACCUGUCCGAUCUCACACCACAAGAUUGUCAAUAUCCACAAUGGCAACGUUCCCAGCGGUACCGUCAAGGCUGGCGGUCAGGACAAGCCUGCACCGGGCAAUUAUAUCAAGUGGAAUGCUGAGGGCGUAGAGGUCAUUCAGCCGGGCGAACAAGAGAAGAUCAAAGAGGUCUCGGAUCAGUUCAAUCGAUUCCAGAUGAUGAACUUCAAUGAGCACAUGCACUGCCUACGAGGCACACAUCUGAAGACACAGGGCUGCGUAAUGGGCAAGUUUACUGUGCACGACAAUCUCCCCGAGCAUCUCGCUCAGGGCAUGUUUAAGAAGCCUGGUACAUACGAUGUCAUCAUGCGCUACUCGUCUCUCACACCCAAGAUCGUUCCUGAUAAUGCGCCCGCACCUCGUGGUAUCGGCAUGAAGAUUUUCGGUAUCGAGGGCGAGAAGAUCUGGGGAGAGGACAAGAAGACCCAGGACUGGACUUUCAACAACUACCCCGUCUUGGAGCUCCGUGACCCGCAGACAACGUAUGACAUUGCCGACGCCCUUGAGCGCAAUUGGAACGAUCUUCCAAAGUUUGCGGAAGAGCAGUCCAAGCGUGUAGACGCUGAUGUUGCAACACUGGGUGGCGGACUACCAAGACAGCACAUGUACGCGAUGCCGGAGUACUCUCAGUCCGCCUACCGACACGGCGACUACGUAGCCAAAUACGGCGUUUUCCCGCUGUCGCAAGAGCAAAUCGACCGCGUCGACACAGACAUCCAAGACUCCGACCCCAUGAACAUUAUCUCACAGGAGAACCGGCGCUUCCACAUGGAGCACAAAGUAACCUACUCGUUCUGCGCGCAGCUGCUGCAGGACCUGACCGAGCAGCCCGUCGACGACAUCGGCAUCGAGUGGGACCCAAAGAAGUACCCCUUUGAGCAGGUCGCCACGCUCGAGUUCGAGCCCCAGGACUCCUGGCUCCCGGAGUUCCGCACCUGGUGGGAUGAUCGCAUUACGGUCAACAGCUGGCAUGGACUCAAGGAGCAUCAGCCCCUUGGCAGCACGAAUCGCAUGAGGAGGGUCGUGUAUGCCGAGAGCAGGAAGCUGAGACUCAGGGUUAAUGGCUAUCGGGAUUAUGUCGAGCCGGGGAGUAUUACGGAGGUUCCUGCGCCGUUGGCGGCACCGCAAUUGCCACUUAGGCAUCAGCCGGCUGUUACUACUAUGAAGGCGUAGGGCUUGACUGUGUUCGCGUAUUCGAGUCGUUGAGAUAGCAAUUUAUGUACUUGAG